GUUCAAUUGUAUAUGCCCAAAGCGGCAACAUCGAUUAUCUCGUCUCUUCUCGUCGCAUCGCUGGCAAUAUACUCCCCGAGUACCCCACUGACCCUGCUUUGCUACCCCAUAUACCAUACAACACACUAUACAAGCUGUCUCAAAUUACUCGAACCUCACAAAUAUAAACCAUUGCAUACUACAGCCGGAUGUCAACAUCCUAAGUGACAAUUCUCGCCUUGCGAUAGUAACGAUGCCACUCAAUGAGAUGGACAGCUCGAGGGAGAACGAGAGGCGAUUGAGGCACCAGAAUUCCGGCUCCAUCGAUUUUGGCAAGGCCAUGAUCCCCAUGUGGGAUAGCUCUGAUCCGGACAGAGCACCUCCUCCACUUCCAUUAAACCCCUCAUCACCAAGUGUCACCUCGCGGCCGAAUACGUCGACUGCUAUACAAUCAGCACACGCAGCCCUCACAGAGAGGGGCCGAGAAGGUCCACUCGCCGCGAAUAGUGCAGUAAAGCGCAUGGAAACUCCAGAGAGAUCUCUUAUCAAGGGCGCUGCACACAAGCGCAUGCAGUCAUUACAGACAGGCCAUGUACGAGACCUAAGCAACUUCAUAGAUGGUGGGGGCUUGUCGCCGACGAAGUCACCCGAGAGAUCGUCGGAGAGGACGCCUCAACGUCCUCCAUCACCAGAUAAGAAGGACGACGAAGAAAACAACGAUAUGGCGAGAUCACCAGAGAAAGAAAACAGCCGCUCAGCUACACCUACAGCGGCUCCUACACUACGAGAAAACUUCAACGUGCGGCCAUCACUACGCCGACCACAAUCGAGCAUUCUGAGCGACAGCAGUUCCCCACAGUCUGCCACGAUGCUGGCCUUACAAUCUAUGUCCAACAGAGAGAGCCGAGAAAGUCGGGAAAGUAGGGAGAGUGCAAGCCCGCCACCUCCGGCGACCACUAAUAACUCUACUGCGAUGGUGCGCGUCCCGCAAAGUUUUGACGCUAUAUCAAACCAGAUUCUCAGCCUCACGAGCAUUGCGACGAGCCUUCAACGUGAGAUGGCCCAGCUGAAUCGCCGAAGCAAAGAUAACGCCACAGACUUGGUGAGCCUGAAAGAGGCAACAAAUGCGCGAGACGAAGAUAUCAGGAAAAGCCUUCGCGACCUUUCUACAAAUCUGACUACGCCUACAAAUCAAUCACCCUACAUGCUACGCUCAAGCGAGAACUAUAUGCUCGACGAUAAACCCCAUACCCCGCAAUCAAGGAGCGUGAAGUCUAUUUCGCUGCCACGGAUACCAAGCCCAACCUCAUUUUCGGCAUCAAUCGAUCGCGGACUAACGGGGACCCCGGCCCCGACCUCUUACAACCCCGACGGUUCUGCAUCCAUCGCCCUCCUGGAGAAGGUUUUGAGAGAAAUGGGGACCAAAGAAGGCCAAGACCUGCUCGUGUCCCGCUUAACUGAAGUCUCCAACCUGCUCUCCCAUGACGGGAUGGAGACAGCGAAGAAGAUGGACGAGGUUCUGGAUUUAAUCAAAGAAGGUUCUGGUCACCGUGCGCUGGUUGUCAACAAAAGUGGCGGCAACAAUUCCAGGCCUCGUGACUUCAGCUUCGAACAGCCUCCAAAAUCAGAAGUAGAUUACGAUGGACUCCGUUCAGGACCUAUGGUUAGUCGUGUGGAGAAUCUUCUUGGCGGUGGGUUGAAGGAGAGUGGGAAGUCUCGCGCGUCCGACAUCAUCAAUGAAGACGUGUUGAAGUUAAUCAAAAGCAUUAAAGAUAGUGUGGCACAAGGCGGCGGACUUACAGCUGAAGUCAAGGCCCUCGUGCGUGAGCUUCGGGGUGAAGUUCUUGGAAUGGGCCGUGAUAUUGGGAGGAAACUCGAACAGGCAAGGAGCGACCCCAGCGCUUCAUCCCAAGACGCAGCCGCCUCGAACGAACAGGUAGCUCAGAUUAUAAACGAGGGGCUUCUGGAUCUCAAACAGCAUCUGGAUCACGUAAUGCGAGAAGCUCGUCGGCAAUCAUCGUCAUCAGCCAUAUCUCGAAGCAAUGUUGAUGGCCAAGAGGUAUACCACGCCGUCAGAAGUGCUCUCACCGACACCCAGCCCGCCGGAGUUGCAAAGGAAGAUGUCAUAGAUGCAGUCCGAGAAGCAUGGGAGAACUACAAGCCAGAUAUCGAGCUGCAGCACUUCGGAUUAGAGCGUGAAGAGAUGCUAACAUGCCUCAAGGAAGGCAUCCAAGAGUAUAUGCCUCAAGACACUGGUCGCGAAGUUGGCGCCACACGAGAAGAGGUGUUUGUAGCUGUUGUCGAAGGCCUGAAACACUUUACGCCACCUCAAGUUGAGACAGAGGCAAGCCUCUCGCGGGAUGAAAUCCUUGACGCAGUGAGGGAAUGCCUGGAGGAGUUUGAAUUCCCAUCUGCCCCUCCACCAGAACCCAGAGAUAUCGAUACCAUGAGAGAGGACAUGCUCGAUGCUGUUACAGAGGGUUUGAGUCGCUUCGAUUUUCCAAUCCAAACUAUGCAAGGCAACGAACUUAGCCGCGAUAUUGGAGGAGAUUCUCUGACGAAGAAUGAUGUUUUCGAUGCCGUCAAGGCGGGUCUAGAGGAUAUACCACAAACUUCCGAUGCCUACGGCGAGCAAAUUCAUGAACGUCUCCAAGAAGUUCUUGACGCUAUGCACAGUGAAUUUAGGGCUGUUUCUGACGAAGCUAAGCAGAAUGUGGCAGCUCAUGGGCGGGACACCGAACAAGUUCUUGAUGCGACCAAGGAUGGUUUCGAGAAGCUCCGAAUCGACAUCGAGACCUACGUUGACCGUGCUGCUGACGUUACCGGAAAGGACGAAAUUAUUGAUUGCAUAAGGGACAACUUCGAUGGGCUACGUGAAGAGUUAGCGCACACCAUGGCUCAUGGCUCGGAUGUUUCAAUGGAAUCUGUCAGGCACGAACUGAACAGCUUCCGUGAAGAGUUAGCACACACCAUGGCUCAAGGCUCGGAUGUUUCAAUGGAAUCUGUCAGGCACGAACUGAACAGCUUCCGUGAAGCAAUAGCCACCUCUGUCGUCCCAACGGGAUCGAGUGUUGAUAGGGACGAGAUCCUUUCUACCUUGAGAGAUGGUCUAGAUGGUCUCCGAGCAGAUAUGGACAGGCCGAGGGAUAGUGGUGAGAGCAUCUUAUCUGGAACAGGGGAGAUUCUAGACGCUCUUCAUGACGGACUCAAUAGCUUGAGGGUCGAAGUUGAGAGGAUUGGUAGCAAGCCUGUUGAUAUGACAGUGAACUACGAGAUUCUGGACACCCUCAAGGCUGGCAUGGAGGGCUUGAGGCUUGAUAUCGACCGUCUUCGUGACAGUGGAUUACACGACAACCAUAGCAGCAACGGCGACAGGGACAUUGCCGCAAUUACUAGCGGUGCGGUAAUUGCUACCGAGGGUCUCAAACGGAACGACAUUGAGAACCUCGAAGUGUUAAUCUCUCAGUUGGGAGCUAAGGUUGAGUCACUCGAAAAUAUGCCUCCCCAGUCAACGGUACCCCCAGCGGAUUCGGUGUGCAGAGAGGAUAUUAUUCAUAUGGAGGAGACCUUACGUCAUGUGCAGGAAUCUGUUGUGGAAAUGUCAGGCCGACAGCCUUCCCAGGUCAGCGAGGAGAGCGUACACAAGGAGGAUUUUGAGGCCAUUGAGACACUCCUUCGGAACACCAAAGCAAAAAUCGAUGAUUUGGACCCGGAACACCUUGUCAAGAAGGAUCAUCUUGACGCCGUCGAGGAUAUUAUCAGAGAGACUCGAGACUCAAUCAGCGAUAUCUUAGCUCAAAUUCCAGAAACGGCAAAGCGAGAGGAUGUUAGCAUUGUGGAGGCUCUGGUAAAAGACGUUAUGGUCAUGCUUCAGGAUGUCAAAGAUGUCUCAGAAAAUGAUGGUAACGUUGGAAUCAUUGUACUCGGCGUCAAAGAUCAAAUUGACAAGAUGAUCACCGACGAUCUUGCCGGACUUGCUAGCAAGGAGGAUGUUAAUACCCUCGGUGACAUAGUCAAAGACAUGAAGGAUGCAAACAAUACCGCCUUCGAGGAACGCCAGGCAGAAAUCGUCGGUGUCGGCGAGCGAGUCAGUGAAGUCAAAACACUCCUCGAGGAAUUCAGAGACGCAGUUAAGUCGAAAGUCGAAGAAGGCACUGCAGGAGUAGACUCGAUCAGCAAGCUCCUGGAAGGUCUGGGGCCUGUUAUCAGUUCCAAUGCCAACAUCACCGAAGAUGUCAAGGAGGUCUUGGAAACCAUUAAAGUUGAGUUCGAACAAUCCAAUGCUGGGGUUGUAGGCGCGAAGCUAGAAUCCGACGAGAAGUUCGAAAAGACCUGGGAAAAGAUUGACGAGAAAUUCGAGGACUUGAUGCUAAAAUAUGACGAUGCCCAGCUAGCGGCAGAGUCCAAAGAGAAAUCGGGCGAAGAGAGGAGGGUCGAGUCUGAUGCCGCACUCCAGGAUACGAAGGCGAUUGCGGAAGAGCUAAAGUUGCUCAUCAACACGCUCGGCUCCACCUUGACUGACUCGGUUGAUAAGAUGGAAGAGGCUUCAAAGACAGUCUUCAAUCGUGUUGAGGAUACCUAUUCGAAACUCGAAGAGACCCAUACUGAGGUUAGGACCGAGAACCAGCUCACUCGUGAUCAAGUCAUGAAAACCCUUUGCGCAGUUGAAGAUGUGCAUUCCAACGUCAACGAUUACAACCCGAAGAUCCUCGAUUCCAUAAAGGAUGUGCUAUUAAUUGUCGGUCAGCAUUACGAACACUCCAAGACAUCAACCGAUACCAUCCAAGAAAAGAUCAAGGAGCGUGACGUCGCCUCAUUGUCCUCUGUUCAAGGGCUGCUGCAAAAUACGCCAUCAAACAAAUAUGAUGACGGAGAGGUUCAAGAGAAGUUGAACAAGCUCGUCGAUCAUAUGCACUCUGCGGGCAAGUCGUUUGCCCAACUGGAUAUGCUUGACGAGAUCCAUCGUAAGGUAAUGCAAACAGCCGCCGAGGUUUCCGAAUUUGUGUCUAUCCAAACGCAGCGCAUCUCCAACGAUCACGAGGACAAGGUCAAGGAGGCCGAUGAGGCAGCAAUUACGCUCGAGAAGAGACUGGCAGAACAGGAACGUGUCGAAGCAGACGUUGCCAGGCAACGCGCUGAGGAGCAGCAGCUGAAAGACUCUGUAGCCUCGCUCAAGGCAGAGCAAGACGGUCUCUUCCAGCAAAAGAUGCGUCUUUCAGCCGACGUCUCAAGCCUCGAGACAGCCCUCCGCAUCCGCCGUGAAGAACUUCACAACAUGGAAGCCCGCGCUGAAGGGCUCGAGCGCCGCAUCCUCGAAGGUGUCAUCGACCACUCCCGUGCCUUCCUAAUCGGCAAGACCAAAGGCCGCGACCUGAUGAACCUUAAGCGUGUCCCCAGUCACGCAGCAUCCACAACCGGCUCGGCAACGAGCGGCGCCAGCUCGUCACGGAACCGCUCCGCAGGCACGAUGCACAGCGCGGUGGGCAUGGCCAUGAAUGCUCCCCCGCGCGCUAUCGUCAGCCACCCGAUCUCCAACCCCGCCGGCGCCUCGCGACGCAAUUUCUCCCUCAACCAGAUCACAAAUAACGUCCCCACUGGCGGCGUCAAGCGCAGCCACAGCGUCAAGAACUCGAGUGGCAGCGGGGCACUGAGGAAGACGAGCUGGGGUGGUAGUAUGCCCCGUCACGGCUACGGGGACUUGAAUAAGGAGAACUUGGCGCUGAAGGAGAGUGAUGAGGAGAGUGCCCGUGAGGAUGAUGGGGAGGUUAGUGAUAGUGGGACGUUGAGGAGGAAGAGUGGUGGAACGGUGAGCACGAUGACGGGGACGGAUGUUAGUGGGAGCAUUGACGAGGGGACCGAGUAUAGCGAGUCAGAAGAGGGGAGCUAUUAUGACGACGACGACGAGUCCGCGGUGGGGGCCGAGGGGAGGGGAGUGGUGAUGUAUGAGCAGCCUGCUUAGUUGUCGGGAUAUUGUCUGUUUUGCUUGUGUUUUGCUUUUGUUUGUCUGUUGUCUUUGAGCGAGAGCGAAAAUGGAAGCCACUAUCUGAGUGUUCUUGGGUUUGGCGACGGGGAAGGGUGUUUGGAAUUCGGCUGGGGGGAAUGGGACGGGAUUGAUUGGGUGUUUGAUGAUGAAACUUCUUUUUCACUUUUUAUUUUACUUUAGGGAAGCGAUGGUGUUGUGGGGGGUUUUCCAUAAGGGGGUUGAAGUGAAUUGAUUACUCU